GACAGCUUGAGAUUCACUCAUGGUUUGCAAAAAAAGUAAAAAGCACGCUGCUCAGAAGGGCCCUGAAUCACUGUCACCCCUUGAAGAGCCGUGAUAUAACAAGCCGUCGCCCUUCCACUCCAAAGCCAUUCCCAUGAACUUCUCAGUAGCCUCUCCCUCAAAGCAGCUCAGAAGUGCCUGCUGCUCCUAGCGAACAACAAGCAUCGUCUUCCACCAAAACAAAAUCCCAACUUCCAAUCCCCGAACAACCCGCAAAGAUGCGCAAUCACCGCCGCAACCGCCACCCCCAGCUCUCCUCCCCGACAGACAACCCCUUCCCGCCCCCCCACAACCGCCUCCCUCCCGGACCGACAUCGACGCCGGCAUCGCCGCUGAUAACCGCCCGCCCUCAACGCGUCUACCGCGUGCCCCCAUUCUCGGCCUUCGACCACCUGCCCCUGGUCCACCGGAGCCGCCCCCUUAACCUCGACAAUGCUCACCUCGUCUUCCGUUCCCCCGGCCUCCACCACCGAGAACCCUGGCUCCAAGUCCGCCCGCCGGUCUACCACCAACUUGCUCCGAGACGCCCGCAGCGGCCUGGCUCAGACCGUGGCGCACACCCGCGCACCUUCCCCAGCACCGAGCACGACGAUUCCCGCUCCCGCUCCGCGUCCUCCGGACCGUCCACGACGGGCGCAGCCUCCUGGAGGACGUCCCCGUCCACGCCGCCCCCGGAAUUCCCGGCAGCAUCGUCGAGGUUCAACUCCUACGACCCCACGCCGCCGCCUCCGUAUCGCCGGUUCCGCCACCGCGACACAACGGCGUACGACUUGGGCCCACCCUCCCCCUCGGUCUCCUCCUCGUCCUCCGAGGAGAUCACGGACGACGCCCCCGCGCGUCCGCCCCUGACGGUGUCGCGACGACGACGACGGUCCGCAACUUCGCCAUCGCCGUAUCCGUACACCUUCACCCCCGUCCCCUUCUGCCUCGACCGACGGGCCAGGUACCUGGGCCGAAGUGCCAGAGCCGGGUCUGUGGGGCCCGAGGACCCUGACCUCGCCGUCGGCACGCUUCGCCACCUGCAGUUUCGGUGCCGCGAGUGAUUCCGCAGGAACUUCGUGUAUAUCACCGGCAGCGGCAACGGCGGCCUCUUCACUA